CCAUAAGCAGGGAAAGGUCCGAUGGCGGCAUGGCACAGACGGGACCCAGUGCUGCUGCUAUGGCUCCGGAGGAUGUGUGCUGCGGGACGGAGAGGCUUGCUGUGCCGGUGAGCGGCCCCUGGGAGAACCUGCCUGCCUUCCAGUACACCCCAGAGCUGAUUGCCGGACCGGGAGCUGAACAAGAUCCAAGCGAAGUGACCAUCCAAGGCUGUGAUUGCCGAGGCUCCAACUGUGUUGCUGAACUCUGCAGCUGCUUACCCCAUGGUACCAACUAUGUACGGCGCACCAUUGUCAGCGGGCAAAGGCCAGUGCGGGAAUGUCACAUAAUGUGCAGCUGUGGGGAAUCCUGCCCCAACCGAGAGACCCAGCAGGGGCUUCAGUACCAGUUGCAGCUGUGCCAGAGGCCUGGGAAGGGCUGGGGGGUCUGUACGCUGGAAGAUAUCCCAAGCGGCAGGUUUGUGUGUGAAUACGCUGGGGAGGUGCUUGGACAUGAGCAGGCCCGAAGCAGAACACUCUCCCAGAACCCCUGUGCCAAUAAUUAUAUCAUUGCAGUACGUGAGCAUCUACAUGGGGGGCAGAUACUGCAGACCUUUGUAGACCCGACCCACAUAGGCAACGUGGGCAGAUUCUUAAACCACUCAUGUGACCCAAACCUCUUCAUGAUGCCAGUCCGUACUCACUCCAUGGUUCCAAAACUGGCACUGUUUGCUGCCCGGGAUAUCCAGGCCGGAGAGGAGCUGUGUUAUGAUUAUUCAGGGAAAUUCUUUAAUCAGACUCCUGCCUGUGAAACUCUGGACCCGGAGGAACCGAGCUCACGCAAGAAGUGCCAGUGUGGGGCCAGGGCCUGCUCUGGUUUCCUUCCCUACGAAAGCUCUUUGUUUUAAAUGUGACUCUGCCCCUCAGUUCUAUAAGGCGCCUACUAAGAUGGAGGGAUUACCAUGUGUUCAGCACUCCUACAUGAUAUUCUCAUAGGAAUAAAUUGCUUAUUAACAUGAAGUUUCCUCAAAUGGGUACUCUACCCAAAAA